AUGAUACUUUUUCAAGCCCUCGCCAUUCUGCUGGGGAUCGUUGUUGCUCUGGAUAAUAUUGUUCUCUUGCCUGCGGUUGGGGGAUCGGAAGAAGAUGAUGAUCCUGAUGACUUGGUGGCUGGAACGCAAUAUUCUGCCUGUAAGGAUGUGGAUGUUGUUGAGGCUGAGAAGGAUCAAGGUACCGUCUUUGGGGUCCACCUUGUGGAGGAGGUGGAUAGUUUUGUUGAUGUUGAUAAUUUUGAGGACUUGGCAUCUGAUUCAAAUGUUGGAAUCUUGACGGUGGAGUCGCAAGAUUCACGCUUGGUGGGCAAUUUCGCCGUUUUGCCAUUGAACACAAAGUUUAAAGGACCUGCCUUCCCGGCCACGUCAGACUACGACAUCAUCGACGAAGUGUUGGACUUGUUUAGAGCCAAUUCUUUCUUUAAGAACUUUGAAAUCAGAGGUCCUUCCGACAGAACGCUCAUCUACGGGAUCCUGUUUGUUUCGCAAUGUCUCAACGCUUUGAACGCCUCCACGUCGCAAAAUGAGGCGGUGCGUAUUCUGACCAACCUGUCCCUUGACAACUUUUCGAUUCCCGGUGAGAUCGGGUUCCCAUUGAACUCCCUGUACCAACCACCAAGAGACAAGAACGAGGCGUUAUUCCUAAGACAAUACCUGGCUCAAUUCAGACAAGAGCUAGCCAACAGACUGAUUGCUAGAAUCUACACAGACGCAUUGCCAAGCAAGUACUGGCUCGCCUUCACCAGACGCAAAUUUAUGAAUAAGAGUUUGUAA